GCCAUGAAAGUCCUAAUCAUGGUCGUCUUUCUUGGGUAUAUUUCGAUACUGAUAAUGAUGCCCACCAACACUUUCUACUUGCGCUGGAUGCCAAACAUUCGCAGCAAAACCCAGUCCACGUACUUCGGACAACAAGGAGCGAGUCUUCUGAUAUACGCCUUCCCCAUUCUAUUCAUUGCCACAUUGGGUGCUUUCUAUUCGCAUCUAAGGAAGAGAGGCAUAGAUCACAGCGACUCAAGGAGCUGCCGGUACCACUCAUGGAAGAUGCCCGCGUUGGUCAAAGGCCCUCUAGGAAUCGUUUCUUGGAUAGAGCUCGCCUUCUUGGCCAUGUUCUCAGCUCUAUUAGUAUGGUCUUUCUCCUCUUACUUGCAUGCUAUGUUUGCAAAUGUUGCGCAAGAGGCGAUCCAAGAAAGGGAGCGAGUGUGGGAUGUAAGGCUAGAUAGUGCAGCUCUGUUGCUUGGCCUGGUUGGGAACAUCUGCUUAGCCUUCUUGUUCUUCCCAGUCACGAGAGGAUCCUCAGUUUUGCAGUUCAUUAGUGUGACCUCUGAGGCGAGUGUCAAGUACCACAUCUGGCUUGGCCACGUUACCAUGACUCUCUUCACCGCGCAUGGCUUGUGCUAUGUCAUUUUCUGGGUCAAUACUCAACAAAUCUUAGAGAUGAUAAAAUGGGACAAGGUUGGAAUUUCCAAUGUGGCCGGGGAAAUCUCGUUACUGGCCGGAGUGGUAAUGUGGGCAACUGCGUUUCAGCGAAUUAGGAGAAAGAUAUUCGAACUCUUCUUCUACACUCACUACCUGUACAUUAUUUUCGUCCUGUUUUUCGUACUUCAUGUUGGGUUUUCCACUGCCUGCGUCAUGCUUCCUGGUCUCUAUCUCUUCUUAAUCGAUCGAUGCCUGCGAUUCUUGCAAUCCCAACAGAAGAUUCAGCUUGUUUGCGCUCGGGUGCUACCCUGUCAAGCAGUUGAAUUGAACUUUUCGAAGAGUCCAGGAUUGAGCUAUUCUCCAACUAGCACAGUGUUUCUCAACAUCCCUAGCAUAUCGAAGCUGCAAUGGCAUCCUUUCACUAUUACAUCAAGUAGUAAUUUGGAUUGCGACAAGCUAAGCAUAGUGGUAAAAAGCGAAGGAAGAUGGACUAAGAUGUUGUAUGAGACCGUAUCCUCUUCCUCACCUGUAGAGAGGCUUGAGAUUUCGCUUGAAGGGCCAUAUGGACCUCCUUCGACCGAUUUGCUGAGGCACGACAUGCUGGUGAUGAUUAGUGGAGGGAGUGGCAUCACGCCUUUCAUUUCCAUCAUCCGGGAGCUCCUCUUCACAGCUAACACGGCAAGUCAUAAGGCUCCACGAAUUCUUCUCAUUUGUGCAUUCAAGAAAGAACUUGAUCUGGCCAUGCUGGAACUCCUCCUCCCUGUUUCAGGCACGAAUCUCGACAUAUCCUGCCUUCACCUUCAAAUUGAAGCCUAUGUGACAAGAGAGAAAGAGACUGUAAAAGAUGAUCAGGAGCUCAUCCGAACCGUGUGGCUCAAGCCUAACACAAAUGAUGUACCAGUUUCUGCAGUUCUAGGUAGCAGAAGCUGGCUGUGGCUAGGAUUAAUAAUUUCAUCAUCCUUUGCUAUAUUCCUAGUACUUGUUGGAAUUAUAACACGAUAUUACAUAUACCCGACUGAACGUGACUCGAACGGAAUUUACUCGGAUGCUUCCAGAGCUGCUCUGUACAUGGUGUUUGCUUGCGUCUGCAUAGCUGCAAGUGCCACCGGUGCUUUUCUUUGGAACAAGAAACAGAGUUUGAGAGAAGCAGUGCAGAUACAAGACAUGAAAACCCCACCAACAGCAUCACCAGUUGCCAGAGUCGACGACGGUGACUGGGAGUUGGAAAGCCUCCCUCGCCAAACGCUCAUUCAAACAACCAAUGUGCACUAUGGCGAAAGGCCCAACCUCAAGAAGAUUUUGCUGGGCAUUGAAGGGUCGAGCAUCGGAGUGCUUGUUAGUGGUCCGCGGAAGAUGAGACAAGAUGUAGCUGAUGUAUGUUCAUCUGGGUUGAUAUCCAACCUACACUUCCAGUCCAUUAGUUUUAGCUGGUGA